AUGGCGUAUGAAUUUGGCAAGGUACCCAAGGCGCCUCAACCACCGCACGCGAUUCUACACUACCUGCGCGGCCUCCAUGAGAAAAAGCAUCGUUACCUGAUACAUGGGCGUUCGACGGAUCCUCGUUGGAUCUACCAACCAAAUAUUUCCGAUCUUGCAUUUCUAGCAGCCGAGAUGACACUUCAAGAAGCCGACGAUUGCUGUAACAAAGCUGCGCCUUUAUACAUUUUCUCGGCGAAGCGCACAAUUUAUCCAUCUCUGUUUGUACAAGUGCUGCACAACUAUCUUUAUCACAAGUGGUUUGUUCCUUAUAAAAGCGAGAUUGAAUACUUGCAAUUCGUUACAAAGACUUUCCUCCCAGAAUUGCUUCCCGACGAUCUUCAACCCGGCCCGUUAGUCGAUCUCGCUAUCCCAGUCCAUUCGGCCAUCUGUGCAAGAGCACAAGAGGCUCGAGAUGCAGUCAAAGAGCUUGAGCCACCUUAUCCCUUGCAGCCAAUACCUCCCAAGGGUCCGAAGAAAUGGGGCCUUUACAAGUACGCAUGCAUUGAUCAAAUCGUCCGUGACCAAGAGUUUUUCCUCCAUCGGCCUCUAUUCCGAGCAAUCAUGAUCAUCAUCAGGCUGGAAGAAUACAAUGAUGAAGAUCUUGACAUCCGCCAACUUCCUGUUCUCCUGGUUCGGACAGGAAUAGAAGAAGGCCUCAGCGCUCCUAUUUCAUUUGAGCCCAUAGCUCACAAAAUUAAAACCGUCAUUCAGCGCACUAAUAGUAGCGAGGCUGUGGUUCAAGUGACACUUGAAACUGCGGUGGACUUUGUCAUGAGCAUGGACAAGCGAGAGAUUGCCGCCUUUGGACAUCAGCCAGACCCAAUCCUUUCCACACGAAAUCUUGGAGACGGUGGCCUCUCUGGUCCGUCUAUUCUUACUACGGCUCAAGAAAUGGGCUGGAGUGACGAAGAAUUGAGAGGCCCAAGUUCCAAAUGGGUGGAUACUGAGAGAUAUCCUGAAUGGUCUGGCGGAGGUACCCAUGAAGAUCACAUGAUACGGCGAAUGGAGAAUGCGGUGCGCGAAGAUUUCCGCAUGAGAAAAGGCGUUCUCCGACCUUGGCCAGAGGAUAAUUCAAGAGGAAAGAAACAUUGGAAUAUAUAUUAG